AUGCCAACUGUUUACUUAAUUGAAUAUAUUUUACAUUACCCUGAAACCAAAACCAAAAUCGAUUGUGAGUUAGGUCGUGAUGUACUGAGACCCAUUGAUAUCGAGGAUCAGAUAAUUGAGUUUUGUUUAAAUCGAGAAGUUUCUUCUGAUAUUCUGGAGGAUAGCCAUAUUCUGUAACUUCCAUAUUAUCAGCAUCUCUUUUCCGUCGAAAAAAACCUCCAUAGAUUUUUCUCUUUGCUUCUUCAUUUUCCUCUUCUAAGCGUAUUUUUUCAAGUUCUUUUUCCCAAACGUCUAAUAAAAAUGAAUUUAAUGCUGCUUCCAAUGCAGCUUCCGAAGAAAAGAAUAAAUCUGGUAUUUCAAUGCGUGUUGAGCGAACCUCAUCCUUAUAUGUUCUA